AUGGAUGUGAGUGAAGAGAUCAGGAAUGAAGUGCUGUGGGAAUUGUUGUAUGCCGACGAUCUGGUAAUUACUGCUGAAGAUGAGGAGGACCAACAGAGAAGGGUUGGAGAGUGGCAGGAAUCUUUAGAGAGGGGUGGCUUAAAGGUGAAUGUAAAUAAAGCAGAGGUUUUGCUGACCGGUAGGGAAGAUAGAGACAGAAUAGUAAUACAAGAAAGAAGAGGCUCGAUUAUAAAACAGGCAGACAAGUUUAAAUACUUAGAAUCUACUUUAAGUCAAGAGGGAGGAUGUGAGGCUGAAGUUGACAGUAGGGUAAAAGCUGUGUUGAGAAAGUGGAGAGAUGUAGCUGGAGUAGUGUGCGAUAAGAAAAUGCCAAUCAAGCUAAAUGUCAAGAUCUUUAGCACAGUGAUAAGACAAGCGUUAAUGUAUGGAUCAGAAACAUGGGUUCUAAGAAGAAGGGAGGAAGUAAAUCUUGAGAGAACAGAAAUGAGAAUGCUGAGGUGGAUUAUGUUGAUAUCGCUGCUUGAGAGACUGGAAAAGGAUGAAAUAAGAAGACAAGACUUUAUAAAGAUUUCAGAGGUGAUAAGAGAGGCAAAACUGAAAUGGUUUAAGGAUGGAUGA